GUCUCUUUUUCUCUUCCUUCCAAACACCCUUUUUUUUUCCCAAAAAUUUCCAGGGAAAAACUGUAUUUUCCUGCGAUUUAUUUGCUUCUUCGUGUUUUAAUUAUAAUAAUGGAGAUGGGGAUUUAUUAAAUUUUUAAUCUUUUCCUUCUUUCUCUGCACUUUCUGAUUCUGAAGCAUUUGGUGGAGAGAGAAAAGCUCCGUUGAAACAGAUCCCCAUUCUGUCCAGACCGUCUGUACUUCUCGUCUUCUCCAUCGAAUUUUCUUCAGUUUGUUCAAUUGUUCGUUCCUUUGUGUGGUUUAUUCUUCUUCGAAAUUCCUCUGUUUGUUUCCCGCGAAAGAAGAAAAGGGUCUCUGUUAUUUUGGUGUAUUUGGUGGUUUUCCUCUGUUUCUGGCGAUUCUAUGGUAAUUAGGGUUUAUGGGUAUUUCAGUGAUUGGGCAUUUGAUGGGUGAUUCAGGAGAGUUUUAGCAUCGAGAAUUGAAUUUAAGUAAAGCUGCGAGUUGUUGAUUGAUUAGGGGAGAAAUGAUAAUCAAGCGAAACCUCAAAUCGCAAAUGCCGAGUUUGAAACGGUGCAAGCUCAGCAGUUCAGGGCGUGAAGAUGAAGAUAACUCGGGGACAGUACGUAAGAAACGGAAAGUCGACAAGUAUUAUCCUCUCAAUCUCCUCGGAGAGGUUGCAGCUGGCAUAAUUCCGGUGAACCUCCACGGUAUACUGGGUGCCAAGGGGAUCGCUGCCUCAUGGUGUACUGAAGUGUCUUGCUCCCCAGGUGAAGUGGAAUCAAAAUCCAAGGGCUCUAAUUCGGCCAAGGCCAAGAAGGAGGCUGCUCGGCCUCCACUUGUGAGAACCUCGAGAGGUCGAGUUCAGGUACUUCCUUCUCGGUUUAAUGAUUCCGUUAUGGAGAAUUGGAAGAAGGAGAGUAAAACUGGCUCGCGUGAUUAUAGUUUUGAUGAUGAUACUGAAUGUAAAAAGGAUAAACCCACUUUGAAAACACCCAAAAUUUGUAAACAAAAUAUAAAAAACCGAGGAAAUGAGGAGAAGAACGGAUUUAGAGGUAGAAAAUAUGCUACAUUGCGAGAGAAAGAUGAAGAAGUGGGGUAUAGUUAUAGUUUUGACGUUAAGAAGUAUUCAACUUCACGUAGUUCACUAACUUCGGUACACGAGCAAUUGGUUGAGGAUCCAAAUGUAGAGAUUGUUCAUCUAAUGGGCAAGAAGCAGGUUCUGAAGGAGAGUGGUGAGAGGAAAGAUGGGUUGUAUGGGCCUGAGGAUUUUUAUUCAGGGGAUAUAGUAUGGGCAAAGCCAGCAAAGAGGGAGCCAUUUUGGCCAGCCAUUGUGAUUGAUCCAAUGACCCAAGCACCUGAGCUGGUUUUGAGGUCUUGUAUACCCGAGGCAGCUUGUGUGAUGUUCUUUGGCCACUCUGGGAAAGAGAAUCAAAGGGAUUAUGCAUGGGUCAGGAGAGGGAUGAUUUUUCCGUUCAUGGACUUUGCAGACAGGUUUCAGGAGCAGCCAGAAACUGACAGCUGCAACCACAGUGGUUUCCAGAUGGCAAUUGAGGAGGCUUUUCUGGCAGAGCAGGGGUUUACAGAGAAGUUGAUACAAGAUAUAAACAUAGCAGCUGGAAAUCCAACUUAUGAUGAAUCUGCUCAUAGAUGGUCUCAGGAGGCUACUGGUUCAAACCAGUACCAGGACCAUCAUUCGCCUAAUCAGAUCUUAUAUUGGAAGUAUAAAGACUUGAGGCCUUGUGAAGUUUGUGGUACCAGUCUUCCUUUUAAAAUGACAAAGAAAAUGAAAGCAUCGGCUCCUUUGGGCCAAUUCUUAUGUAAAACAUGUGCUAGGUUAACUAAAUCAAAGCAUUAUUGUGGAAUAUGCAAGAAAAUUUGGAAUAAUUCAGAUAGUGGGAGUUGGGUGCGUUGUGAUGGUUGUAAAGUCUGGGUGCAUGCUGAGUGUGACAAAAUCUCAACCAAUCAUUUUAAGGAUCUUGGGGGCACUGAUUACUACUGUCCUACUUGUAAAGCAAAAUUUAACUUUGAAUUAUCAGACUCAGAGAAGGGGCAGCAGAAAGCAAAAUCAAAUAGAAACAAUAGUCAACCAACACUUCCUAACAAGGUUACUGUUAUUUGCUCGGGCAUUGAAGGUGUAUAUUUUCCAAGCCUUCACUCAGUUGUGUGCAAGUGUGGAUCCUGUGGGACAGGAAAGCUAGCACUGAGUGAGUGGGAACGGCAUACUGGUUCCAGGGAAAGAAAUUGGAAGAUUAGUGUGAAGGUGAAAGAUUCCAUGCUACCACUAGAACAAUGGAUGCUGCAAUUAGCAGAGUACCAUGCAAAUGCCACUGCUUCUGUCAAACCACCUAAACGACCUUCUAUAAAAGAGAGAAAACAGAAGCUGCUAGCAUUUUUGCAGGAAAAAUAUGAACCAGUUUAUGCUAAGUGGACAACUGAACGAUGUGCUGUAUGCAGAUGGGUUGAAGAUUGGGAUUACAACAAAAUUAUUAUCUGCAACAGAUGUCAAAUUGCUGUACAUCAAGAAUGCUAUGGGGUGAGAAAUGUUCGAGAUUUCACUUCUUGGGUUUGCAAAGCUUGUGAAAAACCUGAUGUCACACAGGAGUGUUGUCUUUGUCCUGUAAAAGGUGGUGCCUUGAAGCCAACCGAUGUUGAGACAUUGUGGGUUCAUGUCACAUGCGCUUGGUUUCAACCUGAAGUUUCUUUUGCAAGUGAUGAGAAGAUGGAGCCUGCUCUUGGAAUCUUGAGUAUUCCAUCAAAUUCUUUUGUGAAGAUAUGUGUUAUUUGCAAGCAAAUUCAUGGUUCUUGCACACAAUGUUGCAAGUGUUCUACAUAUUUCCAUGCAAUGUGCGCCUCAAGGGCUGGAUACCGCAUGGAGUUGCACUGCUUGGAGAAGAAUGGUAGACAAAUAACAAAGAUGAUCUCAUAUUGUGCUUAUCACAGGGCUCCAAAUCCAGAUACAGUUUUAAUUAUACAGACACCUUUAGGUGUCUUCUCUGCCAAAAGCCUCCUUCAAAAUAAAAGGAGGACUGGUUCAAGGCUUAUUUCAUCUAAUGGAAUCAAAAUUGAAGAGGUUCUAGCAGUAGAAACUACAGAAUCGGAGCCAUUUUCUGCAGCAAGGUGCCGAAUUUUCAAAAGAUCAAAAGAUAAUAGAAAGAGAGUGCGGGAGGAAGCAAUUGCCCAUCGAGUGAUGAGACCUUGCCAUCAUCCUUUAAGCACAAUACAGAGUCUGAAUGUAUUCAGAGUGGUUGAAGAGCCCCAAAGUUUUUCAUCCUUUAGGGAACGGCUUCACCACUUACAGAGAACUGAGCAUGAUCGAGUUUGCUUUGGUAGAUCUGGAAUACAUGGGUGGGGUCUCUUUGCCCGUAGAAACAUUCAGGAAGGAGAAAUGGUUCUUGAAUACCGUGGGGAACAGGUGCGGGGUAGUGUUGCUGAUCUAAGAGAGGCACGUUAUAGGCAAGAAGGAAAAGACUGCUAUUUGUUUAAGAUCAGUGAGGAAGUUGUGGUGGAUGCCACAGACAAAGGGAACAUAGCACGCCUAAUCAACCAUUCUUGUGCACCCAAUUGCUAUGCAAGAAUUAUGAGUGUGGGUGAUGAUGAGAGUCGGAUUGUUCUUAUAGCUAAGACCAACGUCUCUGCAGGAGAUGAGCUAACGUAUGAUUACUUGUUUGAUCCAGAUGAACCAGAGGAGUUCAAAGUCCCAUGUCUAUGUAAAGCUCCAAAUUGCCGGAAAUUCAUGAAUUAGGAUAACACAGCAUAGCCAUUGUUUCUCCGCAAGGAUCACUAACCCAAUCCCCUGUAUGUGCAGAGGAAUCUCACAGUCAUCAUUAUACCAAAUUUUCUAGUUUUUGCCAGAAAGGAAAAAUGUAUCUUCUUUUUUCAUUUCCUUCUCUCUGUUUUCUCUUUUCCAACAUGAUAUAUACUCAAUAAAAUUACCUAGAUUCGCCAGUUGAGCUCUAGGUAUUUGUGUAUAAUUUGUAGAGCACAGUUUCCUUGGCCCCUCUUUUUUCCCUGCCAAAAUAAAUAUUUGUGAUGGCAAUGCUUCAUCUUCAAAGGUAAAUGCAACUUUUUUUUCAUGGUGUAUAUAAUGAAAAUCUUUGUAUAGC